AUCCGAAUGAAUUAUAUAGUGGUGAAUUACUCAUAUAGACAAUGUUUGUAAUUGAUUCUAUUUUUGCUUCUUUGUUAAAAGUAGAAAUGAAUUUAGAAUAGUUUUUGAGAAGAUGGACUCUCUUAUCUUCUCAAAAACCACCAUUAAGAGAAAUGUGAAACACUUAGAAAUACUUCUGCACUAACACCGAAACAUUCCAAUUCAAUAUCUGCUUAUGUUCCUUGAAGGAGUAGAAUCAGUUUUGAAAAGUAGAUCCAAACACCUCCAUUGUCAUAUAUGCCACUAUCCUUUUUUAUCGUCAAAACAGAUGACUUAAAUUGAUAUCGCAACAUUCAGAUAGGGGGUAAAAUGACAAAAGGACCACAUGCAACUGCCAGCCCUCGAACCAGAUUUAGAGUCAAUCACCUCGAAAAAAUAAUAGAACUCGUUGAUUCUAUAAUGAGUCUUGCAAAAAUAAAAGUAACCAACGGAAAAAUAAACAGUAUGAUCAUGAAAAAUAAAUAACAAGCAAUCAAUAAAAUUAAAAUACUAUAUCCAAACCCUAAACUCUCCUCCAUUAUAUUCCAUGGCGGCGAUUCGAGAGGGAGACGGUCCAACAGUACUGUAGCUUCUUCCGCUCCCUGCCUCCAGUCCAGAUCAGUUCCAGCCCCUAAUCUCAUGCUUCGUCCAUGACCUUCAGAUCUCAACCAUGAACAACUUCCUCUCCACCUGCUGCUAGGGGUACACAAUCUUUGACUGCCAUAUAGGCGUUGUGGUCUGCCGAAGAAGAUAGUCUCACGAAAGGCGGACGAAAGCCGUACAAGAAAGUCGCACUUCAUCGAAGAUGAAAUUAGAGAAAAACAACCCAUAAACCUAGGGGAGACCGCCGCCUAGAUCGGACUACAGAUAAAAGGUUUUUUAUCUAUCUGCCACAAUUCUAAUUUACAGAAAAAUCAAUGAGAAAUGUUGUGAAUUAAGUUAACCGUGAAAGAGAAAAUGGGACAAAUAAGCUCUCAAAGUAUUGGUGAUUCUGCAAAUUGACCCUUGAUUCGGAAGGUCUUACAAAUAUAUCUGUUGUGUAGGUUUAGAGUGAAAAGUCAUAUGUUUAAAAAAAUUAAUUUUUUUUGUGUGUGUCUAAAGUUGUAACCCGAACUAUGUCAUAAGUUAUAAGUUAUUGUGAUAAAUAUGAUUUGACGGCGAUAUCACAUUCAGAACAACUCAGACAAUUGAGGAUACAUGACAUUGACAAACUUAAAAAUACAAGUAUGUACUUCAGAAGACCGAAAGUCCAAUUUAGUUAAUGAUUUUUUUGGGAAGGUUAGUAGGACAACCCUUUUCAAAUCUUACCUUAUCUGCUAUGUAAUACUGGUAUGUACUACAGUUGCUAUUGCUCCCACGGCUCCUAGGCAAAAAACGCGCAAGAAAGAUGGAAAGGUAAGAAGAAGCACCCGGGAAAUUUCAUUGAAAUGUAUGCAAAAAUUCUCCUGACAUAUGGAUGCUGGUUGAAAGCUGGAACCUUUUGAGGUCACGACUCCGGGGAAGGAAUAAAUCCGGGAAAUAAUGAAAUAUACCUAUAGCCGUAUAGCGGUUCCUCCCGAAUAACUUUGGUAGAAAGAUCAGUUUAUUGUACUUUGAAAUCCCUAUUGUACCCCUGAUUUUUGAAAACGUGUCUCGACACGAAAUAUAAAGUGAGAUAUUAACAAAUGGCAAAAUCAGGAAAUUUCGAACAAAACAUCUGUAGUACAGUCCGUCCGGAAGAUUCGGAAAAAAAGAGAGGAACUUGGAAGAGGAUGGAUGCGCAGAAGAAGGUGUUGGUCGUUGGAGGCACGGGCUACCUGGGGCAGCAUUUGCUCCAAGGCUUCACUCAAAUUGUGCAUUCUCUUCCCUGUCCUCUCUCCCUAGCCUUCACCUACCACUCCGAUCCACCUCCCAGCCCACUUCUCGAUGCCUUUCCAGAAGCGCUCCAUUUUCCUGUCGAUUUGCGCCACGGAGUUGGCUUUGAUUCCAUCUCAGGAACCCUAGGCCAGCCGGAUGUUGUGAUUAAUUGUGCUGCACUUUCUGUCCCUCGGGCCUGUGAAGCUGAUCCUGAAGCUGCCAUGGCUAUCAAUGUGCCCUAUCACCUUGUUAAAUGGCUGUCAAGUUUUGAUAAAAACAGUACCUUUAUGAUUCAUUUAUCUACAGAUCAGGUUUAUGAAGGAACUAAAUCUUUUUACAAGGAAGAAGAUGAGAUAAUACCUGUGAACGUUUAUGGGAAAACAAAAGUGGCAGCAGAGCAAUUUGUGUCUUCAAAUUGCCCGAACUUUGCAAUUUUAAGGAGCAGCAUCAUUUUCGGACCUCAGCCUAUCUCUCCUCUUGCAAAGUCACUUCCAAUUCAAUGGAUGGAUAGUGUCCUUGCCAAGGGAGAUCAGACAGAAUUUUUCCAUGAUGAGUUCCGCUGUCCUGUGUAUGUGAGGGAUCUAGUAACAGCCAUACAAAUAUUGACUAACAGAUGGAUCUCAGAGAGUAAGCCUAUACAAUUGCUUGUAAAUGCUGGAGGGCCUGAUAGGCUGUCCCGGGCUCAGAUGGCUGAAGCUGUUGCUGCAAUGAGAGGUUGACCGUGGCGUGAAGUCCCCCUCAGACAUAUCCUUGGAUAUUACUAAGUUCAUUCAGACACUUGGGUUUUCACCAACUAGAUUCAAUGAUGGUGUUAAACUGACGCUGGAGGCUGAAGACUCUUUGAGGCACCAGUAAAAUCAUAUUCUUACCAUUCAUGAUCUGCAAGAGUCAUAUGUACCAAAGCAGUAAAAGGCUGAAGACUCUUAAACGAUAGUUUCAGUUUCACAUUCUCUAGAUCUGCAAGAACAUGUACAAACACUUGUGUUUAGAUCUCACCUUGUUUAGGAGUUUAUUCCAUAUGUUUGUCCUUUUCCCAGUUUUUAUUUUACAUUCAAAAUAUUGAUGACGAUACAAAGACUUGCAUCACCACCAUCCUUAACAAGGUAUGCAAGGGUAGCUAGUAACUCCUAACCAUAGUUCUUAAUGCCCAUUUGAGAAGGCUUCAAAUGGAUGAAUGGGCCAAAAUGAACUUGUGGGUAAAAUGGUUAAAUUUGUUGAAUUAAGGAAACAGAGAGUAAAAUACAUAAAUGUCAUCUUAUAAUUCC